CGAAAAGAAAAAUUGAAGGAGCAGGCGACGAAGAAGAAGAAGAAGAAAUUUCAAGUGAAAAUAUCAAUAAACGAAGAAAAUUAACCCAUCUUUCCGCUGUUGCUGCUGUUGCUGACAUCGCAUACUCACCACAAAGGAUCGCAUGUUCUAUGCUAGAAUUGCGUCGAAACUCUUCACCGUCCUCCGCUCAUCCAUCUCCUCAGACAAAUUGUCAAAAUUCCCAAAGAGGUGACGGCCUCCAUCAUCAUCAUCACGAAGCAGCUAGCGGGUCAACUUGUUGCGGAGGCAUGACUGUAUUCACAGGUGCAAAUGCAGCCAAAUCGUCAAACGAGCCUGCAGGAUCUGCAAGUCCAACAGUUUGGAGGAAAACUUCCCAUCCACCGUUACACUUCAACAACAAUGAAACGCGGAAUCGAAAUUUGCAAAUGCAGCUGAAAAAUCGAGGAACGAAAGAUGAUUGGGGAGCAUCAUUGCGUUAUGAUAUAGAAGAACCUACUUCAUCCGGUCUACUCGAACUAUUACCCGACGUUCCGAUUGUUCGAAAACUCAGCCGACCACUGGUUAAAAUGGAUGAUCAGGAUGAUGCGUGCUCUGUAGCUUCUAAUGAAUCUGAUCGUACUGUACUCUCGCCGCUGGUUCCCAUGUCGAUAUUUGAUCAAUUUCUGUGUUUGACGAACAAUUUGAGUGCACUAAUUAGCUGUAUUAUAGCAGAAGCCAAGAAGAAUACGGAAGCCGAAGACUAUGCGGUAUUCCUCCACGAUGAAGACAACAAACAGAUGGUUCUAUUCAACAAUGAGACGAUGUUGAUGACGGGAAAAAAGUUUGAUAUGGGUUACGGUAUUGUUGGGAAAGUUGCGUCAACGAUGCGAACGAUGAACAUUCGCGAUGUGAGCAGAUGUCCGUUUUUUAAUGAGGAAAUUGAUGAGCAAUUCAGCAUUAAAGCACGAAAUUUGAUUGCUUUUCCACUUAUCGAUAGUUCAUGCUCGUUGAUUGGAGUCAUUGUUCUAUACAAUAAGGAGAAUGGAUUCUCGCGACACGACGAGAAAUAUAUUAAGCGAUUCUCGUACUUUGUUGCCAACAGUAUUGCUCAUGCGAUCCUGGCGAAACAAAUCGAGGAAGUUCGUACGCGGAUCCAUAUGGUUGAGGAAUUCAAAAUUCAAGGCGAAGAUGCUGUGAUCGAAGAAGUUGACAUUAUGCGACUUGUCAAUGACCCUCUACGAGAUUGGCGAUACUUUAGUCAAAACUUUGCCGAUUUCUCAUUUCCACCUCGAUCCGUCGGAGAGAAUCACUUUCACCGAGCAUCGAUGAUGUUUUUCGAAGAUCUCGGCUUCUCUAUGCUUUAUAAAUUAAACAAACGAAAACUGUCAUAUUUGGUUCUACGUGUCUCAGCUGGAUAUCGGCCUGUUCCGUACCACAAUUGGUCACAUGCAUUCGCAGUUACACACUUUUGUUGGCUGACACUUCGAACAGAUGCAAUUCGUCGAGCAUUAAGUGAUAUGGAACGACUCUCACUUCUCAUUGCUUGUCUAUGUCACGAUAUUGACCAUCGAGGGACUACGAAUUCAUUCCAGAUGCAAUCACUUCAAAAAACGCCACUUUCAGUUUUAUAUAGUACCGAAGGAAGUGUUCUCGAGAGACAUCAUUUCGCACAAACUAUCAAGUUGCUUCAGCAAGAAGAAUGCUCCAUAUUGGAGAAUUUACCUGCAGCUGACUUCCGAACAAUAGUGAACACAAUUCGUGAAGUCAUUCUCGCCACUGACAUAUCAGCUCAUCUCAGGAAACAAGAACGUAUCAAGACUAUGAUUUCGGAAGGGUAUAAUCCGAUGUCAUUUGAUCAUCGUUACCUUCUCAUGUGUCUAGUUAUGACUGCCUCUGAUCUAUCUGAUCAAGCCAAAAACUUCCAUAACGCGAAGCGAAUAGCUGAAAAUAUUUAUCUGGAAUUCUUCGCGCAAGGUGAUCUUGAACUACAGCUGGGUGUGAAACCACUGGAGAUGAUGGAUCGAACUAAUGCCUAUGUUCCAACUGUACAAAUUGAUUUCCUCUUCAAAAUAGGAGUUCCCGUUUUUCAACUGCUGGCCAGUGUGGUACCCGAAGGAAGAACAACAUCUGAAGCAAUUGAUGCAAAUCAUUUGUGCUGGGUUGCUCUCGAUGAAGAAGUUCGAAAUAAUCCUUCUGCAACAAAUACACUCGAGUAUUUGCGAGACGAGAAUCUAGAACGGAGGAUAUACGAUCGAGUGCGAAAGCAAGACCCAAGAGCUGCAGAAAUUGCUUCAAAACGGUUCGAGCCUGUAUAUGCAAACGGAAGUGUUCCUCAAACACAAGAUAUUUUGGAUCAUCGUUUCGAUGGAUAUGAUAAGAAAUAUCAAAUCGGAUGCAGUGGUGGACAAAAUCAAUCAAACGGCAAACAACAACAGAUUCGUUCACUUCAGAAGAUUAGGUCAAAGACAUCUGAAGACGAUGCCCUCCUGAAACCAAUGGACAAUGGAGGAUCUGUUGCAGCUAGUUCAACUCGUAGAGGAUCCCGUACACCACGACGAUUAUGGAGACGUGCUCGUCAACUGAUUUCAUCAAUGUCUUCAUCGUGCGCAUCGUGUUCUCCACUUCCAUCACGUCGUCAAGUCAGCGAAGAUUCUGAAUCUUGUUGAUCAUGUUCUGAUUCUCGAUAUAUGUUUUAUCCUUUGAAUAGUCUCUUUUCCUAGUUUUUUUAAUCUUUUUUCUCUCAUCACACUUCCACCCAUAUCAUAUUCGCCCUUGCAUCCUUCAAAAAUCGCCCGAAAAUUCACAUCUAGUAGUCUUUUCCUGUACUUUUUCAUGUAAUUCAUUGAUUUUCUGUCAAAUUGGUCCCCCCGAAAAACAUAUAUAACAAAUCAAAUACUAUUUUUUUCUUCUUCUCUUGUCUGUACUAUUUAUCCCCCAUUUUUUCCUGAAAUAAUCUAAGUUAUAGCACGUAUGGGUAGCUGUUCUCUGAAAAUUCCCCGUCCACUGAUUGAGAAGUAUCGACGAUACAAAACAAUGUUUCUUCCUCCCUGUACUUUCCCUUUCCGCUUCCAUUAAUUUUCAUUUACAUUCCUCUUGUCCCAACAAUCCGACCCAAAACAACGAUGAUCAUUUGAUUAUUAUUUUGGAAUAUACACAAGUCGAAAACAAAUCGCUUUACCUCGAUUUCCUAUUUUGCGUCAUGUCAAAUAUUAAAUUUUUUUUAAAAGAACAGAAAAUCAAUAAAAGUUCAAUUUU